GACUGCGGAUAUAGUACAGGAAAUGACCAGAGACUGCGGACAUAAUACAGGAGAUGACCAGAGACUGCGGAUAGUACAGGAGAUGACCAGAGACUGCGGACAUAGUACAGGAGAUGACCAGAGACUGCGGACAUAGUACAGGAGAUGACCAGAGACUGCGGACACAGUACAGGAGAUUACCAGAGAUUGCAGACACAGUACAGGAGAUGACCAGAGAUUGCGGACAUAGUACAGGAGAUGACCAGAGACUGUGGACACAGUACAGGAGAUGACCAGAGAAUGUGUACACAGUACACAUGACCAGAGACUGCGGACAUAGUACAGGAGAUGACCAGAG